AUGCACAUCAGGAAAGACCACCACCUGUCUGAUUCCAUUGACAUAACUGAAGGAGUACUACAAGGCGACAUACUCAGCCCGUUGCUGUUCAUUCUAUUUAUUGCUGAUAUAAUCAAAUUCUUCGAGAAUCGCGACGUCGAAGGACUAAACCUGAACAAUCUUCGUCAGAUACUCAUGUUAUUAUAUGCUGAUGACAUUGCCGCUUUAUCUCACUCUGCCUCAAGUUCAGAAGCAACACUGAAAGUAUUGAAGGAAUACUGUGACACAAACGGCCUGGAAGUCAACAUCAGCAAAACAAAAAUAAUGGCCUGUCGUACAUCAGGAAGGAUCAAGAAAAAGGAUAAAGGCUUUCAAUUCAAAGGCAAAAGUAUUGAGGUGGUCAAGACAUACACAUAUCUGGGUGUUGCGUUAUCAAGCAACCUGCAAGGAGAUAUAGCAGCCACCGAAGCAUCCAAAAGAGGCAAACAAGCAAUCGGAUCAACCUACUUAAUUCUUUCUAGGCUCGGAGCAGAAACUUGGCUUAGCAAAAAGAAACUCCAUGACAGCAUGAUCAAAACAACGCUGCUAUACUUAGUGCACAUCUGGGGUCUCAGGAAAGAAAUACUAGACAAACUUGAAGCAACUCACCUGCUUUAUUUUAAAAGAAUUUUCCAUCUUCCUGUCUGUACGCCACAUUAUCUUCCACGCCUUGAACUCGACAUACCACACAUUUCUCCAGAAGUACUAAAAUACGCAUACAACUGGGUAAUUAAAAUACUAGACAUGAGAGAAGACCGACUGUCCAAGCUCGGCUUGACUAGACUUAUUCAACUAUCUGCCAAUUACAAAAGUCCAAACUUGAACUGGACCUUACCAGUUAAGUCGUUGCUUUCUCUCAUUGGUGAAGAACAAAUGUUUGAGGACAUGAACGCAACUCAUUGGAAGGUAAAUAAGGACAGGAUCCUCAACAAGUACCGCUCUUUCCUGAAACUUCAAGACCUUAAACGCUACUCAAAGUCUGAAUCAUGUCAAUCACCCAUACCAAGGUCGCUAGAAGACUCACUCCCAAUAUACCUGACAAGAGGCUCUUUCCACACAAUAACACCUAAACUACAGCUAAGAGUCGCCAACAUAUACUCGUGCAACAUAUCAACGAAGCUGGGGGUAAUUAAAUUAAAACCGGCAGAAUUAUGCCGCUUCUGUCACAACUCAGAAAAGGAAACAAUAGCUCACUUUCUGAUAAACAGUACAUUCUUCAGCUCUCUUCGCUCCGAAUACCUGCAAAUAUCCAAGGAAGAUAGCGACCAUCUCAACUUAAUUAUAAUUUUAGAUGACCAUUCCACAUCUGGCUUCAAAAAUUUAUUAAACUAUUUAACAGCGUGUUCAGAGUUAUUCAAUAGUAUCACGCCAAACUAG